UGUGCAGGGAGGACACGUGUUUUUCAGGGGAGGUUUGUUUGGUAAAAGGAAAGCUCUAUGUUUAGUAGAGCAACAGUGAGUCGAAUAACUAACUAAAUAAAUAAAUAGAUAGCUAGAUAGAUAGAUAGAUAACCGUGUGUGUGUUCGGUACUGGGUAAGCUAACUAAUUAAACACGAUUUGCUAAAUCAAAUCAUCGUACCGAGUACAGACAGUUCUGUCGAAAUAGUACCGAGGAUUUCUGACACAUUUUGGAAAGCUGCAGAAGGACGAUAACACAGCAAUGCCGGCCGGGACAGGCUGCAGAUCCCUGGUGCAGCGGCUCUAUGCUCUCCAGGCUGAGCGGGUGGAGGCCUACAGGCUUUUUGAAGAGGGGCACGAGGCGUACCUCCGGACGGCACCGCACUAUGAUUUUCAGCGCUACCGGCAGCUGGUGCACGAGAUCACGCUGGCGUUCAGCGGCAUCUCCAAGGAGCUGAUUGAGAUAAAGGAGCGCCUGCACAAGGAGUGUGAGCGGCCAGACCUGUCGGAGCACAUCGAGAAGCUGCAGGAGAAGGAGAGGCACAAGCUGGAGCUGACUGCCAAGCUGCAGCUUGCGAAGCAGAAUGUCGUGGAUCAUCCGGAAGACGAGAGCGGGCCAGAGCUGGUGCAGGAACUCAGGCAGAAGAUAAUUAAAACAGUGGAAGCAUUAAGUGAAAUCCUUCAGGACUUCAAGUACGAUUCUGAGGAGCUGGAGUGAUGUUCCCUGGCAGUGUUCGUGAGCGAGGCGAGAGAGGAGCGUCACGGACGGACGUUCACGGAGACUGAUGCACUCCACUUUUUUCCUGUGUGCACUUGACCUGUCUGUGGCACUAAAUGCCUUUAUUAAAGCAGAGCUCUGGUGUUCUUGGUGAGAAUUAUGUAUAGUUUGGUGAAGGACACCCAAGGUUUCCACAAUGAAGAAGCGAGAUCGACUGAUUCCCCCCCCCCCAAGUUAUACUGUUCAGAUGCAUGGGGUCCAAAAAUUGCUCCAAAUUGUCAGGUUAGCUAAGGUUACACAAACCAGAUAAAUAAACAACUAAAAUUUUUAACUUGUAAAUAGUCUUAAAUUGUUUUUAAUUGUUUUGAGAACUUAAUUUAGUGUUUCAGGUUUUUUCAUGUAAAAUUUCUGCUAAUGAUGGUUUGGGGUAAAUGCCUUUGAGAAUCCAGCCCAAGAGCAGCCAAAGGUGUUCCCUCCAUUCCUGGUCUUUGUUCCAACCCUGUUCGAAAUUGUUUAUCAAUUCAAACUCCCUCCAGACCCUGCAGAAGUUCAUGAUCUCAUUUUACCUGUCAAAACCUGGAAUGGAAUGAGCCUCCAGGACCGGGACUGGACACUUCUGAUCCUGCUCGUACUGUGCUAAAAUGAAACAUUGGUCAUCCAGAAACAAACAAACAAA